AUGCGCGAAUUAAGAGUGCCAGAGCUAGCACACUAUACGCUCGUGUCGGCGUGCGCGGCGCUGAAGUGCUGGCAAUGCGGGCAAUACAGCGACGGCGUUGGCUCCAUAACGCCGUGCGCGAAUCGCAGCGCCGCGCGCUUAGACAACUGCCCCAACAACGCCAAAUAUUGUAUCAAAUAUGUGAGCGAGUUGACAGUGGUCCGGGACUGUGUUCCUACUUGCAGUGAAAAAGAAUGGUGGGGCGCCCGCACGUUCUGCUGCGACACCGACGAAUGUAACUCGGCGCAGACACACACGUCUCUACUAGCCGCCGUGUGCGCAGGAGUGGCCGUGCUGUACGCCGCGCGCUGACCGAACAGCUAAGCCUUUCUGAUGCCAAGGCUCAGGUUCAAGCCUUGCGGUACUCAGAUUUUAAAAUGUGUUAUCCUCUAGCCGCCCAGACAUCAAAACUUGUUAAAAAAUACUUUGAUUUGUCAAAAUAAAAAUUAGAAAUACUUAUAGCGGAAUAGGAGACCUUUGUAUAGGCCUCUGGGCAGCUAGAAGCUAAAGUACUGGUUUUUCCUUGCGCAUUAGUACACGCGACACUGUCGGCCUGAUUGUAAUUUUAAUAAAUGUCAAAUAUUUAAUAUUGUUACCACGAUAUAUCGGAUAUGUCAAUGUCAAAGUGAUGUUUUGUUUGAAGAAAUGUCGCUUUUGACACAUCCUGAUCCGAUCCGUAUCGUAUCAAAAUCUAAUUUGUGACGUUUAUUAAAAUUGGAAUCAGGCCGUGUGAGUCCUGGUUACCAGUCAUCUCGCAUUUACGGUAUUGUUAUAAUAAAUGUAUAUAUUAUAGCAAUACCAUAAACUCGGGUUAUAUGUAUUAGGCCCAGAGAGGGCAACAUUGCCCACUCAGGAACUCAGGAAAACCUAUAUUGAUUAAUUAAAUUUUAUGAGUGGGUACUAAUAUUACCCUUUUGGGCUAAUGUAACCCGGAGUUUAGAGUAUCUAUCAAAAUUAUUCGAUUUUAUCUUAAAUCAAUUAUUUUAUCUAGUGUUAUAGAAAGCUUAAGGCGUGAGUACCUAUGAGAAAGUAUUUUUUUUUAUGAAAACAAUUUAAUUUUCUUAUAAAAACAAUCCGAGCAAGAAAUCGACAACAUCAAAAGGAACGUUUUUAUCGAAAUUAGAAUUAGAAAUUAAGUUGGAAUCUUUUAAACAAAUUAAAGCGGAAAUAAGUUUCCACGAAUAAAUUUAAUGUUUUUAAGUAAAAAAUAAAACAUAUACCUAUUGAAGCUAAAAACUCUAGAAGAGUUAAAAUUAUACAAUAAAUUAUGCAUUUAUUUAUCAAAACCUAAUAAACAAAUAUGUAAAUACACGAAACAAAAGAACAAAGUAAACGACGAAGAAAUAUGACUAUAAAAUUUGACUUAAAUGUCAACUCUUAAAAUUAUUCCAACAGCACAACACUAUUACAUUAUGAAGGUAUUCUAAAGAAAAUUGUUAUUUGUAAAUAGUAUUCACAAACGCUUUUAAAUAGUUAUUAACACAAAAUAUUGAUUGAUAAUAUUGAUAUUAAUAACAAGUUUCAUUAUAUACUAAGAAAUAUCAUUCUUGUCUUUUUAAAUCUCACGUGAUUGAAUUUUGUGCAAAAAUAAAAAAAUACUCCUAGAUAUACAUCUGUGGACUUUAUUACAAAAGACAUAAGGACUACCUAUAUACAGUUAACAGUGAGGGCAAUGUAAAUUACACAUCUAGGUAAUAUUAAUGGCAUUGAGUCAAGUCAUAUAAAAUACAUAUUUUAGAUGUCAUUAAAGAUAAUUAAAUGUAUACAGUAGUUAUAACUAAUGUUAAGUACCUACAAUACAAACAUUAAAUUCAGGAUAUUGCCUUCAAUCAAAGUUUUUAGAUAAUAGGUACUACAUUUUUAAUUGGUUUUUAUUGCAACCUAAAGUAAACCCGCAAAAAUAUUUUACGAGUCAAUGCGCGCAAAAAGAGAGAAGCAUUGGAUACCAACAUCUAUUAACAAGAGCUUGUCAUAAAAAUACUUUAUCAUCAUUAUCAUCGUAAAGAUGAGCGUCAUUAUUGCAGGUGAUAUUAAAAAUAAAAAUGAACCUCUUUGUGCUCUCAUAUACGCUAGUAUUUAGUACGAAGCGCUUUAUUCCUAGAAAUAGAAUUAUUAAUAAGCAAUAACUUUUCUUAAAAAAUAACAAAUUUACCAAAUACAUCUACAUAAAGUAGUAAAUAAAUUAGAAUAACAAUAAUCAGUACAGUCAGCAGCAGAAGUUGCUAAGCUGGCCAGGUGUUCAAAAUGAUCUUGACGCGACAUUAUUGUUGAGAGAAUAAGAGCGUGUCAAGGUUAUUUUGAACACCUGACCCGCUUAGCCCAAUCCGCAUUGGGCUAGCGUGGGGACUAUAGCCCAAGCCCUCUCGCGCUCGAGAGGAGGCCUGUGCCCAGCAGUGGGACGUAUAUAGGCUGAGAUGAUGACCCGCUUAGCAACUUCUGCUGCUGACUGUACUAAGCCUACUGUCAAUAUUUUAUCGAAUAAACUAUCCUAACAGUGCCUAGACUGAAUGCGAAUUCAGGAUUCAAAACUGACAAAAUACUCGUAUUUUAAGUACAAAAUAUCCCAGAUAUCUUGAAAAAUAUUUUUUUAUGUUUUAAGAGCCCUUCAACGUGCACACUAGCGCCACUACUAAAUUAUCGUGAUUAUUUAAAUUUCACGAAAGAUAUUUAAAAAAGGAGGCCGCUACGGGCUGUAUUGUGUAUUUAAGUACCUUUUGAAUACAUAAAACUAGUUUUUAUGUUGCUGGAUUCGUCGAUCUAGGAACUCAAAACAAAAACGGCCGUUUUUACUUUGCACGUUGAAUGGCUUUUAAGUAAUUGUUAAUUUUUUAGUUAUUUCAUAAAAUCAUAAAACGUAUCGAGUGACGAGGCACUGUCUUAGACCGCUUUCCCACUGAUGUCCAGUUUUUAGCAGGAUCCCGUUUUAGUAGUAUAUGAACUGAUAUAGUAACUUUCACAGGAGGAUUCUAUUUGCGGGAUCCUGCAUGCAUACUACAGAAAACUGGAUCCUGCAAAAAACCAUACCUGCAAAAAACUGAACGUCAAUGGGAAACAGCUCUUUGAUCUAGUGGGGUAAGAGAUUAUAGUUCUAAAUCGCUUCUAAACCAAAUACAAUUUUACGGGUAUUUUGUUAACAUGAUUAUUAAGUUCUAAAAUAUAGGUUUUAGCCACUGUCUUUUUUCAUUCUUUUUAUUAAUUCAGUGACCACAUAAUUAUUCACUUAUUAUUAAAAUAAAAUAAUUCGUUACUGUAAAUGUUUUGGGAUAUUUUCUACUCUCGGUUCGUAUUCUGUCUUCCAUGAAUCAAAACUAGUGGAACAGCCAUAAUCGUUAAGGCCCCAGCUGCUGCAAGAUUAGUUAGUUGCCAAUUUAUUUUAAUAGCCUCCAUGUUCUUUACUAACUAGAUAAACGGCUGUUGAUAACACAAGAACACCAUUCAAUGUUGAUGUUUAUUAAGGUAAACGGCCUAGUGCUCGGCAUGACAAUGAUUUCGAUUCGGAUUUAACUUGUUACGAUAUUGAUCUCAUUUUACGAUAACGAUACGAUUUACGAUGACUGGUGUAUGCGAAAUGAAAGUCUCGUGUGAGAAUAAUUUGAGAUGCGCUCAUGCGCGUCAAUCACCAAGGCGAUCGUGAGUGUCGUAUCAAAACCAGAUUGUAAGCCAUAACAAAUUGUUAAAUUAUAAUCGACGUCAAUUACAUAAGUUUAAGAUGACAAUAGGUACAUCCCAAUACAUGUCAUCUUUGAACAACAGUGACGACCACUCGAGUUUCUCUUUAUCUGUGUGAACAUUUUCACUUCCAUCAAUACCAACGCAGUGGAUAUAAUUAUCCUUAGUAAGUGUUGAAAAAUGUAGUUAAAAAAGAAUAAAAAAACUUUUGGCAGAAUAAAUGGUGUGGAUGUGUACGAGUAUAAAAAAUGCACUGUCUUUUCGAAAUAUUCGACGAAAAUUAUUACAAUUACCUACUCAAAUACAUAAUAGGGUUUAUAAAAAUUGGCAACUUUUGUUGCUAGGAAUAUUGACUAAGAGCUAGUUAAGGGUUAAAAAGCUUACAUUGUUUGAAAAUUGUUUUUUGAUUUUUUUACUUCAACAUAGUAUGUCGUAGUAUGUCAACUUUAACAUUAAAAUACUUUAAUUGCCUUUUACUUUUUUAAUUACAGAUCUCUGGAGACGCAAAAAAUACUAAUACAUUUCAUGUUUAUAUUUUUUCUCUUGGCACUUAAUUCAAGAACAAUUCUCAAACAAAGUAAGUAAAAAUCAUAAUUAAUAUAAUUAAUUAAGUAAUAUUCUAACGAACGCUUUAUAAUAAUUUAUCACUUAUUGACAUCAAAAGCUGAAAUAUUCUAAAUUAUCGUAAUAUAUUAGUAGGAAGUAAUUAAGGAUAAGGCAAAAAAGUUUAUUUAAAUGCUUAAAUAUUUUCGCAGAGAAAAUUUAAUGAAAAAGUCAAAGAGAAAAGUAUUGGUUUUUAUAAUUAGGUACCAUUUUACUUUAAUAUACGAAGUUUACUCGUCUUAAUUUUAAUUUAAAAUGUUGGUAAAGAUAUUUUUUCUCUGGCUACAUUGAAGGAUUUAUCAUCAAGGAUUUUAAUUUAAUUAAAAUUCACAGUUCCUCUAAGAACUUGUUUUAAUAAAUAAUUACACAACUGUCUACUUGCUAGAGAGAAUCCACAAUUUUUUGUUAUGUAAACGAAAAAUAUAGUCAUUUACCAAUUAAAUACUGUUUUUGUAACAUAUAGGAAAAAAUAUAUAAAUUAAGUUGUAAAAUAUUUUAUUAUAAACAUAUUUGUUUUAGAAAAAAGUUUGGUACAUGAUAACUCUUUCCACAUGCACUCUUUCUACUUAAGAAUAUAGCGUAGAACUAUUUCAAUUAGGUAUCCUUUGUAUUUACUUUGAUCAGUUUUAUAAUAAGACACGCUGUUUCUAUUUCGUUUUUAGCUAAAUAAAGACCAAUUUAUCAUU